CAAUGAAAAUAUGACAAGAUCAGAAGAGCGACGUCCUCUUGCACCCAUUCAGAUUGCUGAGAGACCUGCUUCUCAGUCAGCUGCCUCCUUUAGUCAUCAUGAGUCCCUGAGCGUAACCAGGGUAUCUGGAAGUUACAGCCCAGUUGGAUCACAUAGAGAGUUUCCUGCAAAUGAUACUGGAUCAUUCUCGCUGUUCAGUUUGCCAACCAGCUCUCAGGACCCCUCUCAGGAAAAUAGAACUACGAAUGAGAUGUCAUCAAACCAAAGGACCGGCAAUGAAAAUAUGACCAGAUCAGAAGAGCGACGUCCUCUUGCACCCAUUCAGAUUCGUGAGACCCGAUUCAGGGUGCCAGCUGUCUCUUCAGAAGGUGUCUUACCUAGUCCCCAAGACCCAAAUUUUGUAUUCGCUCUUAAUACUGAAAGCCGGGUUAAUAGACUAAUGGCUGAUGCCGUUUCAACCAUGAAAUAUAAGUAUGAUGUGAAGUCUAUACUUCAGAGGGCGAUAGGCGGUUCUAAAGCCCUUGAAAGUUUGAACAAUUCUCAAUUUAUUUAUGGCGCGCAAAGGAAUGUGAUUGUGCAGGCCUUGGUAGAUUACCUUUUUCAAUCUGUGUCGCAUAAAGCCCAGGUGAGCACAAUUAUGAGGGAGUGUAUGGCAAUACAGCUUGUUGCUACAUGGCCUGCCCUCAAAAUGCACCUGUAUUCUAAGGAAGAUAGACCAUGGCAUUAUUGGUACAAUGCAGAUCAGAACACAGGAUAUUUAGAAAAUGCUACCCAGGUCAAACAAAGGACUAGUAAAAGAUCAGGGGCUAGUGGCAUUCGUAAAUCAAGAAAUACAACUGGUGCUAAGAAACCCAGAAAGCUGACUCUGGCAGCUGUUCAGGACAAUCAUGAUGAUUCAGAUCCAGAAGAGUACAUCAGAGAUGUGACUGAAGCCAGGGAAUUAGUGGGUCACCCUCACCAGAGGUCAGUAGUACUCCAGCUGAUGAUCCAAACCCAUGAAAGGAGACGAACCAAAAUAGUUUUAAAACAGGUGGAUACAUUCAAAAUUCUAAAUGAAUUCCCACAGUUCAUGCACUUUCAUGGAGAUGUUAUUGAGCAAGAAUUCAACCUUAUAUAUGAACAGAAACAAUCUUGUUUUGUCAGAGAAUUUGUGUAUGACAUGGUGCCUAAGCUUCUUAAAAUUGCUGAGAGUGACCCAAAAACAUUUGAGAAUUGUACCCCAUCUCAAUAUGAUGUGAUAAACGCCAUUGUGGUGCUAGCCAAAAUGCUGCCCACCCCAGUAAGAAGUUUUGAACAUGAGAGAACAAUGCCUCUACAGGCAAGUCUCAGUGAUUUUUUCAAUGUCAUUCCAGUGAGCUCUGAUCCCAAUCAAUAUGUGACUCAAAGGCAAGCUGAAUCAGAAUACAAAGUUCAGCCCCAUAUCCUGGCUACAGGGAACCAGCAAGGGGUUAGAAAGAUGUGGCUGGUAGUUGACAGUAAACUGAUGGAAUUGCACAGAAAUGCAACACCUGUGACUGCAAUAGACCUUCUCAUUAAAUCCUUUUUUGUGUUUCAUCUACACUUCCCCUUGGCUUGGAAGAAUGUGUUAAGGUUCCUCCAAGUCCACAUAUUUCAAAUCCCGCUUGAAAAUGAAAGAUGGAGCAAGUUUUCAGAAGUUCAUUUAAGGCUGAAACACUUCAGAGUUUAAUUAUUUUGUUGACGAUAGGGUAAAGUGAAAGACUUCUUUAAAAUGUCUGUGAUAUUUCUAUCAGUGCUGGAAUUGUUUUUGUUUCUUAUUUCCUUGUUUUUUUCUGUGAUACUAUUGUAAGCGCUAAAAUUGUUUAAGUUUCUAUUAUUAUUUUAGAUCACUAGAAACGGAAGUUUUCUACCCUUCACUUAUGACAGAGAUCCUGACAAAAAUCAAUGGUAACAUUGUUCAAAUAUUGAUUUCAUUUUAUUAUUUAUAUGAAAAAGUCUGAUCUGUUCUUCAGAGGGUCCACAAUUUAAUGAAGAACUGGGCUUCAUCUACUGAUAUAAUUUGGUCUACUUCUUUUAUUAUUUCUUAAAUGGAAGUUUGUAAAAAGUGCAGUAUGUACCAAAUUCAUCUGAGUACAAUACGCUUGUUUUUAUUAACCAAACAAAAACAAAAAAAAAAAUUGCUAUGUUAAGAACUAUAAUUGAACACAUAGUCUUAUAGGAUGUAUGUAUACUUUUUGCCCCCCCCCCCCCCAAAUUUUGGCCUUAUAUAGUGUAGGGGUUUUAGACUCAGAUGAUUACGUAACUCAAUCUGCCAGUACAAUUUAAGAAUAAAGAAAGAAUUCUUUAUUUCUCAGUUAAGUCAGUAAAGCCUGAUGUUACAUGAUAAAAUAUUGUCCAAAGCCAAAAUCAAGGUUCCUAUUUUUGUUUAGUAGUCCUUAAAAUUUUUUGAUUGCAGAAGUGCAAGUGUGAUUUUCAGUUUUAUCUUCCUUUAUAAAUUUCUCUUUGUUUCUCAUGGAAGUAUAAGAUUAAUACUCAGUCUACAGGACAAAUUGUAUCUUUUUUUAACCUGGCAGUUGCUGGGAAGUUGGGGAGCAAAUACAGUAAAUACUUUGACCUUUUA